CGUGAACGCGUAGACGGCUUCCUUUCAUACUUUUCAAUGAGAACACCGUCUGAACUUUGAACAUUAAAUCUCUAAUCUCCUUCUCAAAGGGCUUCGUUUUCUCCAGGGAAGAGGCUUUUUGGAGUGAAGCUUUCACCUGCUGUCUCGGACUCUCUCGUAUAUGAGGCAUUAUUUGAAACAAAAGCUAACAUGUGCCAUCCCAUUUUGAACCUCAAGAAACCUCCAAAAACCAGAAAACCCCUCUUUUUUUUUUUCUCUUUUUUCUCUCUUUCAAUCAAAGAAGAAGAAGAGAUGGAAGCGAUACUAGUAGACUGUGUAAACUGUAAACCACAGUCUUCGCCAUUUCAUGCAUCGAAACGCCAUAUUCAUGUGCGAACGGCUCUGCGCCGAGUUCCCUUUCGAGGAACACAAAUGGCUCAAUCCCGCUACUUGAUUGCGAUAUCAUGCUUUCAAAUGGAUCUUCUAAAUGAAGUUGAAGCUGCAUUAUGUCCUACUAAUGAACCUGGUUUAGAGGUCGUUACAACAUCUGACAAUCUUCACACUAUUGUCAUCCUAACUGGAACCUCCAGUUACUAAUAGUUCACACAGGAACUCCUCCUAGGAGUUUGCAGGCUCUCCAACUCUUCAAGGACCAAUUCUCCUCGAGAAUUUCCUACACACUCCUCGUGUGUCAAGAGUAUGUUCUGCGAAACUCCGUGUAAUCUCCUUAGCUGGUUGGCACACUUGCUUCAAUAUAAUUGAUGCUUUUAUGUUCUGAAACUCUCCUCCGAAGCACACAACACAAGACUUUCUUUAGACUUAACCUUCCUUAUAUGCAUGUCUUAUGUGAUAAGGAUAAUCUACAAGUUUCCUAGUUUGUCACGUUGGUAACAGACUGCUAACAUGUUUUACAAAAACACUGAUAAAGUUAUCUUUGGAUAAUUUUUUCUACUCUAUU